AUGCACUUCCACACACCCCAGGCGAUACGUGUGGCACACUGCGGCGGCGGUACGUCCCUCCGCCCGCUGCUGUGCCUCACUGCACUGCUGUGCCUCAUCCACUUGCUGGUGUACACCCCACUCACAGCACUGUGCAAGGAUACAGGAACUGAAAAGGACACUGUGAAGCUGUUGGCAUUGAAUAUUACGGAUCAUCCAGUGUCGCCUCAUACUUUACAUGCUGCUGUUGCUGGUUUCAACGCGGCACUAUGGUCCCGCAACUGUACUGUUGCUGAUGGCAUACGUGUUAAGAUUGUGACCAAAUACACGACGUUUGAGGCCUCUGAGAAGACUGUUGACGAGGCACUGACUGAGGACCCUGACAUUCUGGCAGUACAAGGACUUUUCGGGGAUACUGCUGUAGAGCUCACUCUGCCUGCCAUUGCAAAGCACCGUAGUGUUGCAUUUGCUCCCUUUGCUGCGUUUUCUAGCUUGAGAACGUGGAAUCCCGUUGUAUACUUUUUGCGUCCUGAGCCUGCUGCUGAGCUGCUUGCACUCGUGAACCAUGCUGUGAAUAAGCUUCAUGUACGCAGACUUGGAUUUAUGUAUCUCCAGAAUAGUUUGUUUGGAAAGGGUGAUUACGAGCAGGCUGUACGAGUCAUGUCUGACAUGGGUUAUGAGCUUUGUGGUGUGUUCACUUUGAACAGCUCACUUAGUGAACCUGCUGACGAAGCAGUUUUCAAUGCUACGUGGGAUGCGUUUGCGGACACCCGCCCACAGGCUGUGAUUGUGUUUGGU